UGACAGAUCUGCAACCACCAGUACUUACCAUCUACAGCUUAUGAUGCAUGAUGCGCUCUCUCCAGACAACAUAGAAUUUUUUGAAUUCACGCUCUUCAGCAAAAGCUCUUGUGAGUUUGAAAGAAGGAAGCUUGUCCAGCACAUGGAAUGAGAAGUACAUUGCAUUAUCCAAGACUCCUCCAUGGAAAGGGAGAAACUCCUGCUCUAUUGUUGACACUCCAACAAGAAGCACGAAAAGGAGUCGACUUUUGAGUGAAGAGGAGGAGAGGCAGCUGCAGAACACUAAGUCUCCCAAAAGGAAUCAGAGAGUUGCCAUGCAACCUCAGAAACUUUCUGCAGCUUUGGCAACGCCCGACAAGAAAGCUGCCCAGAAGAUCGGCUUGCGUCUACGGAACCUGCUGAAACUUCCCAAGGCACACAAGUGGUGCAUUUACGAGUGGUUUUACUCAAAUAUUGACAAGCCGCUUUUUGAGGGGGAUAAUGAUUUCUGCGUGUGCCUGAAGGAGUCCUUCCCAAAUCUAAAAACCAGGAAAUUGACCAGAGUCGAGUGGGGCAAAAUCAGGAGGCUAAUGGGAAAACCACGGCGAUGUUCGGCAGCAUUCUUCGCAGAAGAGCGGUCUGCCUUACAACACAAACGACAGAAGAUCAGACUUCUGCAACAGAGGAAAGUGACAGAGCUGUCCCAGUACAAAGAUCUCCCAGAUGAAAUCCCAUUACCUCUAGUUAUAGGGACAAAAGUCACCGCACGACUUCGAGGUUUUCAUGACGGCCUGUUUACGGGACAAAUUGAUGCCGUUGACACUAUUAACGCAACAUACCGAGUAACGUUUGACCGGACGGGACUGGGAACGCACACUGUACCUGAUUAUGAAGUCCUUAGUAACGAGCCUCAUGAAACUAUGCCCAUCACUGCCUUCGCUCAGAAGCAGCGACCCUCCAGGUAUUACUUGACACCACCGCGACUGCCUUACACUACCAGCGCCCAGUCUCCCAUCGCAGAUAACGAUCCACUUUUGGGUCAAUCGCCUUGGAAAAGCAAACUGUCGGCCACUGAAGGAGACACGCUUGGAGGAUUUCCUAUUGAAUUCCUUAUUCAGGUGACAAGAUUAUCAAAAAUUCUCAUGAUCAAGAAAGAACACAUCAAACAGUUAAAAGAAAUGAACACGGAAGCAGAGAAACUGAAAUCAUACUCGGCACCCAUUGGCAUAGACUUUCAAAAACGAUAUGCGAUGAUUGUUUUAGAAUUGGAGCAGCUGAACAAAGAUCUGAACAAGGUUCUGAAUAAAGUCCAACAGUAUUGUUAUGAGCUUGCUCCUGACCAGGGCUUGCAGCCCAUGGACCAGCCCACAGACAUGCGCAGGAGGUGUGAGGAGGAGGCUCACGAGCUAGUAAGACAAGCAAACACUUCACAAACCGGGCAGGCCAGUGUUAGGAAUGAAAACCUCACUGAUCUAAUAGCCAGGCUCACAGCAGUGCUGCUACAGAUAAAGUGUCUGGCAGAAGGAGGGGACUUAAACUCUUUUGAAUUCAAGUCAUUGACAGACUCUUUGAAUGACAUCAAGAGCUCUAUAGAUGCUUCUAAUAUAAGCUGCUUCCAAAACAACGUAGAAAUCCACGUCGCCCACAUCCAGAGCGGCCUCAGCCAGAUGGGGAACCUCCAUGCCUUCACUGCCAACAACACAAACAGGGAUUGAAGGAAACAUGUUAAACCCCUCUCCAGGCAGUCGCAUGGGUCAAUCGUGAGCUUGCCCCAUGAGUGGCAGAAGGAAAGAAGAGGUUUUUUUUUUAAAAAAAAAAUAAUUAAAACACAUACAAACAAGAGGGAGAGCAAUUUCUGUGCUCUUUCUCUGUACUUUUUUCAUUAAAUAUGUAGCGCAGCACCCUGAGCUUUUCAGGAAUCUGAUUUAUUUUUGUAUGUUUUGUCAUUUAAAGGUUUAUUACUCAUGCUUUCUCUAACUGUAAAUAUUAAUUGUAAACUGAGGUAGAUACCGACUCACCUGAGGAAUGUCAGGCUGAAUUAUGUAAAAAUGUAAAUAGUUUUUAUUUUUAAAAACACAAAAAAAAAGGUAUGUCAUGACAGAGAUCUCCUGAUGCACCGGUUGCAUCUUCCAGUCCUGGAGUUCCACAUUGCUCAAAUAUUUCUAUUCUGUCUCCACUUGUGUCAUGAUUUUUCUCCCCCUCACUCCCCACCUUCAAAACAGGCGUGAAUGACUGAAUGGUCUACACCUCCAGUCAAAAGGUUUACUCAUUGUAGUACCACCCCCGGAUUGAGUUCUACCUCUGGUUUUGGGGAGCAAAGCGAGAACUCAUUAACCUGUGUUGGCCAAGAAGAUGUCCGCCACUCGCAGCAAAAAAACGCAACAGCUUUUCAAGUGAAGCGCCGCACGAAGACAAGUGGCUAAAGAGGGGAGAGAGGGUGUAAUAAGAUGCCUUGGUCCUCCCUUUGGCCUCCUCUCAGAGUUCAAGUCUUUGUCCUCUACUCUGCUCACAAUGGGACCAGAAAGAUCCCGGUCUUGAUUGGUGGUACAGCUGAGGCAGGGUGUUAGAAUUGGCUGGGCUUCUCAAUCUCCCUGCUGUCUAGCAAAGCACUAUUUGUGUGCGUGUGUGUGUAUAUAUGGGGUUGAGGAGGGGUGUUGUGCUUAGCUGAGUCCAAUUCUCUGUGCUGUAACUUCCAACAGUGACACCCGUAUUCGGGUAAUAAUGAGUAUUGCCUGUGGAGCUGUAGUGAGGAGUUAAUGCCUUUGAGGGAGAAGAAGCUGAUACUGUCAGGAGAUGCUGAAAAAUGUCUGUGACUUCACUUGUCUGAGAAACUAUCUCUUCCCCACCUGAUAAACAAGCAGUUUACUAUGACGGUUGGGACUGUCCUCAUGUCACUGCCUCCCACACUGCCCCAUCCUUUCUCUUCCCAUGCCCCCUCUCCUAGGAUCACAGGACAUGUCAAUGCAAGUGAUGCAGGGGAGCAAAUCUGUCAUGUGAAAGUUGGUCGUUUUUUUUUAAAGUGUGUUUAAAUGUUUAUAUUGUAAUGAGUGGGUAAAUAAAUGUUUCCAGUUUAAUGUAGAUUAUUGUAAAGUUUUGAAUCUUUAAUAAAUUCCCAAUUUGAAGAGUAACUUUAGGGGAAACCAUUACAAAUAAUCAUUUUUGAUCAUUAAGCAAACCUGGGGAUGGAGAAACUGAGGUAACUUUUUAAAUGUUUUAGAAAAAAGCAAAAAAACAUUCACAGAACUAUUAUUUUCAAACUUUAACAGGUUUUGUACUUGGUUAUGGUUGAAAAGGUUUUUUUUUAAAGUCUGUAUCUUUUGUUAGUAUUAGUGCCUCUUUUCUUUCUCCCUUUCUAGUUCUCAAUGUAAAUAGAAUCUUCCCCUUGCACUCUUUCAAAAUUUCUCAAUUUCAAGCAGAUAGUUCUAUAUACCGUUGUAAUUAAAUCAGAAUUAGUGUAUGUAGUACUGCCUUUUCAGAUAUGUUACCUUUUGUAUGGUGUAUAAAAUUGAAAGCAGCUUUAAAUAUUUAUAAAUAAAGAUAAUAUAUAAUUAAAA